AUGCCAACUGAGUUAGAAGAAUUAGUAGGAUUUUUGCAUUCACCGCAACCAGCAGUGGUUCAAAUUGCAUUAGACAACUUGGUACAAUUUUCAACUGGGCCUAAUCAAAAUAUCUUUUCAUAUGAUAAUUACGAAGCCAUCAAUGAUUUGAAGAGGUUGAGCAAAUCAGAUAGUAAGACUUUAGUAAAUCAAUCAAUUACAAUAUUAGCAAACUUGUGUGAAGAUGUAUUAAUAAGGAAUUUAAUAGUUGAGGAUUUUGAAUACCUAAAAUUCUUAGUUUCAAAAAUAGUCAAUUUAAAAAACACUAAUGCCGAUAUAAUGUGUAUACUAUUGACUAAUCUAGCGAAAAAUGAUUCAAUUAAUAAUAUACUUGACGUUGAAAUAACGUUGAAUGAGGAAGAGAAAAACAUAUUUCCAUCUUCUAGAGUUAUUAAUUGUCUAAUGGAUUGUUUCGUGAAAGGAAAUGAUCAAAAAUUAAAUAAUUAUGCAAAUUUUGAUUAUCUUGCCUACUUUUUUGCAGAUUUGUCAAGAUUUCAACAAGGUAGGUCAUAUUUUAUAGAAGAACAAUCAUAUGAUAAUGUUGUUCCUUUAUCGAAGUUAUUAGUAUUUACAGAAAAGUAUGAGGAUAAAAUAAGAAGAGAAGGAGUAGCUUCAACUAUUAAAAACUCAUUAUUUGAUACAAACGCUCACAUGAGGUUACUUACCGAUCCGAAGAUUAACAUCUUACCAUUUAUACUAUUACCUUUAGCUGGUCCCGAAGAAAUUGAUGAAGAUGAGGUGUUUGACUUACCUGAUGAAUUACAAUUAUUACCACCAGAUAAACAAAGAGAACCAUUAGCUGGUAUUCAAUGCAUACAUUUAGAAUCAUUAUUAUUACUAUGUACUACAAAACCAGCUAGAGAAUAUCUUAGAGAAAAAAGAGUAUAUUCCAUAGUUAGAGAAUUACAUAAGGUAAGUAAUGUUGAAGAAGUUACUGAUUUAUGUGAUAGAGUUGUACAAAUGUUGCAAAGAGAUGAAGCACCAGAUAAUGCUGAAAUCGAGGCAAUUGAAAGUGACGAAGAUGAUGAUAAAAUCGUUGAAAUUGUAUAA